AUGUCAAUGGAAAUGGAAGAUGGUAUUGACCUAACUGGGUUCAUGAGUCCACAAAAGAGCAACAUCGGAGGAGUAACCUACGAAGGAGUAAUUCAGACAAAUGGAAAUGAGGAUGUCACGGAAGUUGAAAGCCCACAAGAUGAUGGAGAUGACAAUUUCCCAGAUGUAAAAGGUAAACCAAGGUUCAAUGAAGACAUACCUUGGAAGAAGUACUUGCCAAUUCUAGGGGUUAAUUGA